UCAAAUGGUGUCCGAGAUGCUCUAUUAUCCUAUGAAUUCAGUAAUAGUCAGGCACGCCUGCACUGCCGUUCGUUCACUAGAGCCUAUAAUGAUAUGGAGAUGGGAACCCUGCCUCCACGGCAAGCUCUUGCUCAGGGACUACAAGCUCUGCGGAAAUCCGUUGGUAAAGUGGGAGAUAGCACAGUUGUUGAAUCUCCAUUCAUGCCUGAUUAUGGAUGCAAUAUCCCGAUUGAAGAGAACACUUUUGUUAAUUUUAUUUGCACGAUUCUGGACACUAGUAUCAUUGUCAUCGGCAGUGGUGUGCAGAUAGCUUCCAAUAUAAGCAUUCUAUCUGCUGGCCGUGAGACAUGUGUUUUGUCCCGACAAAUGUUCCUUGAGUUUGGCCUUCCUGUAUACAUUGAAGAUGAUGUCAUGCUGGGCGCAAAUGUGAUCAUCAUGCACGGAGUCACGAUUGGAAAAGGGUCUACAAUUGGAGCUGGCUCGACAGCGAUGAAGGCUAUACCACCUUACUGUGUGGCAGUGGGAACUCCGGCUCGAGUGAUCAAAAAGGUUCCUACACUGGAGGAGUUGCAAGAUCCAGAAAACCCAUUUCGAAGCGCUGUUGCAGUAUGUAGCAAACAUGCCACGAUCACUAUUUGGUAA